CCCAGUAACAUUCUGAAUUUCCACCUGCCCGCCCCAGCGGCUUAUAACGCACAGCACGAGACCCGAAGUCCAGUCUCCUGCUCUCUGUGGCUGGGUAAGCAGGAGCAGAGGGUCAUGCUGUAUCCUGUUUUCCACAAUCCAGAGGAGGUAAAAGGACGCUGCCUAAGAGAACUUCUGAGGACAGAAUCAAAGCCCUAACGGCGUGGAAUUUGUCCCCUGCUCACAUCAGCAGCCAAUGAAGCUGAUAGGCAGCUUUGAUGCUUCAAAAACACUAAAUGCCAAUAACAUGGAGACGUUAAUUGAAUGUCAGUCAGAGGGCGAUAUCAAAGAUCACCCCUUGUUGAUGUCAUGUGAGAGUGAAGACAGUGUUUGCCAGAUAAGUGAAGUUAAGAAGAGAAAGAAAGUGCUGUCCUGGCCCUUUCUCAUAAGAAGGCUCUCGCCUUCGUCAGAUUUCUCCGGAUCUUUGGAGCCAGAGUUGAAAGUGUCACUGUUUGAUCAGCCCUUGCCAAUGAUCUGUGGUGAGGACACACUCCCAAGGCCCAUUCAGGACAUUCUCACAAUUCUCUGUCUAAAAGGCCCUUCAACUGAAGGAAUAUUCAGGAAAGCUGCGAGUGAGAAAGCCCGCAAGGAGCUGAAAGAGGAGCUCAACGGUGGCAGUGCUGUGGACCUGGAAGUGCUCCCAGUGCACCUCCUGGCGGUGGUCUUCAAGGACUUCCUCCGGGGUAUCCCCGGGAAGCUGCUCUCUUGCGACCUGUUUGAAGACUGGAUGGGAGCCCUGGAGCAGCAGGAGGAGGAAGACAGAAUUGAGGCCCUAAAGCAGGUUGCAGAUCGGCUCCCCUGGCCCAACCUUCUUCUGCUCAAGCACCUGCUCUGUGUGCUGCAUCUGAUCAGCAAGAACGCCGAGGUCAACAGGAUGGACUCCAGCAACCUGGCCAUCUGCAUUGGCCCCAACAUGCUCACACUAGAGAAUGACCAACACUUGUCUUUCCAGGCCCAGAAAGCCCUGAACAAUAAGGUUAAGACACUGGUGGAAUUCCUCAUUGACAACUGCUUUGAAAUAUUUGGGGAGAACAUUCCGGCUCAUUCUCGCAUCACUUCUGACGACUCCCUGGACCACACCGACAGUUCAGAUGUGUCAAUGCUGCAGAAUGACUCUGCCUACGACAGCAAUGACCCUGAUGCGGAGACCAGCAGUACCACCAGCCCUCCCAGCCGGCCAACCCCAGGGCUCACCACCAGCAUUGCUGGCUUGGACAGCGGGGUCCCACAGGACACCUGUGACUUAAGCCCAGAGCCCAUUGUUAGUACAGUAGCCAGGCUGAGAAGGGCCGUCAGCCAGACAGACAGGAGGUUCUCAGAUCCCAGCAUGCCACCCUCACAGGAGUGCCUGGAGAGCCGGAUGACAAGCCAGAAACUAACUAAAAGCAAAGAUGACUUUACCAUGCCCGGGGCCAGCUCUCAUUUCGAAAGCGAGAAAACAGAAGAUCCAUUUCCAGUGGAAAGCAAACCCAAGAGACCAGCAAACCUGAAGCUCAACAACUUGAGCCCGGGUUUGGCAGGUCCACAGGGACUGGCACCCAAAGCCUUCUCCAGCAGCUCCCUGGAUGGGUCUUCUGACAGUUCACCUGUACCUUCUCCUUCCUGCCCCAAAAGAAAUUUCUUCACCAGACAUCAGUCUUUCACUAUGAAGACUGAAAAAGGCAAGCCCAACAGAGAAAUUAAAAAGCACUCCUUGUCAUUCUCCUUGGCCUCCCACAAAAAAGUCCUGCUCAAAACCCCCAGCUUUGAGUCUGGGAAACCCAAAGACAUAACCAGAGACCAAGUCAAGAAAGGCUGGCGGAAAGAAAGCCAGCUUGCUGGCCGAAUCGUCCAGGAAAAGCAGUCUGACAUCCACAGCCAAGCAGCUGUCAGCCUCAGCUCACCUUCCUGGGCCCUCUCCGUGGACGAUGUGUUCCAGCUAGCUGACAGGGGGAGUCCAGGAAGCCCGCCAUCUUACCAAGAGGCCAUUCAGCUCCAGGCAUCUGGAUUCAUGGCCUAUGGAAGCCAGACAGUUGGAAGUAUGAGAGCCAGAAUGCUCAGCCAGGACUCCAAGCUGCCACCUCUUCCCCAUGGGCAAAGCAUCUUCAGUGAAGGGAAACAUGGUGAUCACAUACCAUCUCCCAUGACUGAGCAUUUGAAACAGAGCCAGACUGUCAGUGUCUCUGUAGAAACUCAAGCUGGACCUGAAUUCCACCGACUGAGAACCAGAUCAGAGUCUAUGCAGAAAGAUAAGCAGGACUCCCUUGGGCGACGAUGUAGCCAGCCGAUCUUCGAUGCUGACCAACUCCAAUAUGCCAGAGAAUCCUACAUUUAGGACAGGAGGCCUUGUACCAACUUAUGGAAUGUGUACAUAUAGGACCACAUAAAGAACUGCGUGUAGACUGUGUUCUCUAAAAAGUCAUGAAUAAGCUCCUGUAGAUGGUCUAGUGGAAUCCUCCUGUGCAAGGAUAGCUCCGCAGGGUGCUAGUGUGUGUGUACCUGAUCUGUGCAAUAUCUAACGAAUGUAUAUAUGAGAGAGCAGGUCUGCAUGAAUCCUUGCUCAUGUGUAUGUAUGUACAUUCAGUAACUCAUUAUUCUUUUUCCCUUAGGGAAAAGUGCUUCUAAAAUCACCUUUGUCUUUUCAUUAAUGCUGCCUCAAAUGCCAUGCAAGUUUUCAUAUUUUCCACAAACUAUAUUGAGGGAACAAUAUCUAAAUCUCUGAUAACAGUUUACUCUAAGAAGCAAGCUUGUAAUAACUAGUCAUCACAGUAGAAGAAAGAAAGAGACCACAAGCCAUAGAGUUUGGUAUCUGGAGUUGUUCAAGGCAAUUGGGAAAUAAUAAUGAUAAUUAUUUUUAAUACUUAAAUAUCUCCUUUCAAUCAUUAAAUGAGUGGAGGGGAGGAAAUGUAUUACAUUUAAAGCACGGUGUUUCUUUGCAGUCCAGGAAGCAACAGUGUGGAGGUCAGAGGUUUUAUGUGCAUUGGGGGUUCUAUGUAAAGCUUCAAUGUAAUUUCACUACAAUAAAUUGCCUUCCUUCCUUAUGUGAAAGUUAAAACAAAUCACUAUUUAUUGAUAUAUUGCCUCCUCCCCCUCAGUUAAUAGAAAUCCACCACGAAAAUUAUUUGUAUGUUGGCUCAUUUAACAAACAUUUAUGGAAUAUAUAUAUAUAUAUAUAUAUGUACAUAUAUAUAUCCAUUGUUUCAAGCCAACUGGCAAGCCUGAGUAUUUUGUGUCUAGGAAACAUAAUCCCUGUCCCCCAGGAGUUUGAAAAAGAAAAAAAAGGCACCUUAAGCCAUUUUUCAACAAGCAUUUGAGUGCCAAAAGUUUUUACUAUGUAAAUACAGGAUAAUAAAACAUAGGUCACAUUUCCCAUUUCUAGAGAACUAAGCUUUUCGCUGCUUUUUCAUAUCUCAUUAUUAUGAUGCUACAUUUGCCUAAUUAUUAGCAAUCACAUUGAUAAAAUGUUUGAAAUAUACUAGAACUUUAUUGCUAGUGAUUCAGCUAUUUAUUAAAAAUACUAGAAUAUAAUUCCCUUAACCAAUUUGUAUAAAAGAUUGUGUAUGCUUUUGGUCUGUUGCUGAAAUAUUUGUGUUUGUGAAAUGUUUGUGUUGACUAGCUACCAAAUGAAGACAUGAUUCACUA